AUGGAACCUGAGCAACUAGUGAAAGACGGAAAUCAAGUGCUCGAUGUUAUCCGAUGCUACUGGGAAGAACUGCUGCAAAAGCAAUUCCCGGUGCUACCUGACAUGAAAACCAUUACUCCAGGAUACUUAGAGCGUACACUACCACAGGAGGCACCAGAGAAAGGCGAAGACUUCGCGGUGAUUUUGGACGAUUACAAGAAAUUGAUAUUACCAGGAUUGACGCAUUGGCAACAUCCUGAUUUUCACGCCUACUAUCCAGCAGCAUGCUCACUGCCGGCUAUCUUGGGUGAUUUGCUCACUAAUUCCAUCGGAGUAUUUGUUUUCAACUGGCUCACAUGCCCAACUGCCACAGAGCUGGAGGUGAUUGUUCUCAACUGGUUAGCCAAGGCAUUUGGAUUGCCCUCGAAGUUCCUUUAUGAUCCCAACCGUCAAGAUGGUAUAGGGGGCGGUGGUGGAACCAUCGAGUGCAAUGCCAGCGUUGCUACUCUCACUAUGGCGAUGGCCUUGCGGAACCAGGCAACCAAGCUACAAUGUGCAACUACGACGGAAGAGGAUCUACUCUGUGGCAGAGGGCCUGGAGCCAUGGCACAUCGUUCCGUUGUGUAUGCAUCGGACCAGCUAAACUGCGCCGUUCUGCGAACAUUUGAUCUUACAAUGCUUAGAACGCAUGUGAUUAAAUCGAAGUACGUGAAUCGCCGAUUAAUUUUUGAUGCCGAUGAUAUCCAAAAGGCCAUUGAGGAGGAUCGUGAAAAAGGCUACGUUCCAUUGAUGUGUGUCGCAAGUUUUGGCACGACGAACAGCUGUGAAUUCGACAAUCUGGAAGAAAUCGGUCUUGUCUGUCAGAAGGAAAAUUUGUGGUUACAUGUUGACGCCGCGUACGCAGGUUGUGCACUUCUGUGCCCGGAAUUCCGUAACUUAUCCAAAGGAUGGGAGUUUGCGGAUUCUAUCUGCUUCAAUCCACACAAGAUGAUGUUAGUGAACGUCGACUGCUGUGUAUUCUGGGUUGGAAACCAUGAGCUAUUAACAAGUACUCUCGGAAUGGAUCCAGUCUAUUUGCAGACAGUUUUCAGAGGAAUGCCAGAUUUUAAAAAUUGGAGUAUCAACCUAGAUAGAAAUAACCGUGCUUUGAAACUCUGGUUCACAAUACGAAAGUUUGGCCUCCAAGAAAUACGGAACCUGUUGAGAAAACACCAUCAACUGGCACUCAGAUUUGCGCAACUGAUAGAAACGGACAAUCGUUUUGAGAUCGUGAAUGAUGUUCGUUUCGGACUGGUCUGCUUCAAGUUAAAAACAAGCGAUGCGGCAAACCAAGAGUUGCUCAGCUUAUUACUUAAAGAAAGGCACAUGUAUAUUACUUCAGGGUCAUUGUUGGAUGAAACAGAUGAAACUGAUGGCGGUUUAUUCCUGAGGUUUGUUUGCAAUCAUCAGGCAGAGCUGAAGGAUAUAGAGGAUGCGGUGAUGAUAAUAACCAAACUAGCAUCUCAAGUGUUUCUCCAAAAGAAGGAAUCAAACUGA